UUUUUGCUUACAAAUGUUUUGGACGGACUUGACGCCAAAUGGGAGAAUAUAGUGCCUUUGUUUGUUCUGCUCAAAUUUUAUGUCGGGAAAACCGAGUGUUCAAUUGCAUCUAGAAAGUGAAAUAGUGAAACCUUGUUAUGUGAUCUAUAAAUUGGUAUGCUGCUUUCAUUUCAUCGGCACUCUUUUUUUAUCUCAAAUACAAGGAAACCAGCUGUCCCCUCCUGUUCAGAGCUUUGCUAUGACCGAAGAAAAUCAACAGAUCAAGUCCCCUCAAGAACCGCCUGCUGAUCAAGCAGUACCACCCUUGCCAAGAAUGUACGGGUUGGGAUCAAAUCCUGCUGCAAAAACAACAUGGCCUGAGUUAGUUGGCUUCACAGCGGAAGAAGCUGAAAGAAGGAUAAAGGAGGAGAAGCCAGGUGCUCAAAUUCAAGUUGUUCAACCUGACUGCUUUGUGACCAUGGAUUUUCGACAGAAUAGAGUACGAUUACACGUUGACUCAUUAGGCAAAAUCCAGAGAGCUCCUAGAAUUGGUUAAUCUUGCUUCUGUGUUCGAGAAUGUACCGAGUCUAUAAGUCGAUCUUGAAUUGGCUAUGUGGUUUACCUUGUGUUUGUAAUAGGUACGUCAAUUUGCCUGUGAAUGUUGUGUGAUAUCAUUUUCUUCUCUUUUCAUGUCAUUCACUAUGGGUUGUCUUGGAUAAGGCAAAGCACACAAGUCAUAAAAUUUAUAUAUGGGGUCCAAAAUUGUCGGCAUAAUUGUUCAAUAUAUGAUUAUAAGAAGGAAGUCUUGUUUCUUAAA